GAGAUAUGCCAACUUAUUCUUUCAUUCAUCACUCACUCUACACACUCACAAAAAUAGGAUUCCAUCUUCAAUUUCAUCUUACCUCAUGGCAGCUGGUAUGUCUGUUUUCCUCUCUAAUUCCCGCCUUUUUUCCUCUCUAAUCAAUCCACUCCUAUUGCGUUUCUUGACGACCUCCUUGCACUUGAUUUUGUUUUUCAUUGUACUCGUUUCGUGGCUUCACAAGAAAUUUAGGAGAAACGACGAUGAAAACCAUAAACAUAGAAAUGUCUCAUACUACAAAACAACCCUUUUCUCCUCCUUAGGCCUUUCACUCUUUAAUCUCACUCUAUUCCUUCUGAACCUCUUCUAUUGGUAUGCAAAUGGCUGGAGUGAUGAAAAGAUCCUAACUUUAUCAGACUUGGCUGUCAAAACACUUUCUUGGUUGUGUCUCUUUCUCUUCUUGCAUGUCUGUUUCUCGAAUUCGAAAGAAACUAAGUAUCCCCUCGUUCUGAGGCUUUGGUGGGGGGUGUUCUUUUGUGUGUCUUGUUAUUGCCUUGUAACAGACGUUCUUUAUUUCGAAAAAGCCAAAAAUUUGUCGACUCUAUUUUGGGCCUCUGAUGUUGUUUCAGUCCUUAUGAGUAUAGUGUUCUGUUUCACUGGGUUUUGGGGUUCGAAAAGGGAGGAUGAGAACACUAUCCUUGAAGAACCCCUUUUGCAUGAUAGGUCUAGGAAUGGUAUAGAGUCUGAGACGCCGGCGGCCAAAGGGGACGAGACUGUGACCCCUUAUGGCAGUGCUGGUGUUUAUAGUCUCUUUACUUUCUCGUGGAUGGGUCCUUUAAUCGCGAAAGGGUACAAGAAAACCUUGGAUCUCGAGGAUGUUCCUCAGCUUGCCGGCUUGGACACUACUAGAGAGGCGUUUCCAGUUUUGAAUGAUAAGCUGGAGUCAUAUAGUGGAGGAAGUAAACGAGUCACUGCGGCCAUGCUGGCAAAGGGGUUGCUCUUUACCGCUUGGAGGGAAGUUGCGAUUUCUGCUAUCUGUGUGUUGAUUUACACGUUGGCUUCUUAUGUUGGCCCUUACCUCAUUGAUAUCUUUGUCCAGUACUUGAAUGGAAGUACACAUUUUGCAAAUGAGGGCUAUAUAUUAGUUUCUGCAUUUACCAUUGCAAAGAUGUUUGAGUGCUUUGCACAGAGACAUUGGUUUUUCAGGGUCCAACAGGGGGGUUAUAGGGCAAGAGCAGCAUUAGUUGCCAAAAUAUAUAAUAAGGGAUUGACGCUUUCAUGUCAAUCUAAGAAUGAACAUACAACAGGGGAAAUUAUUAAUUUCAUGGCAGUUGAUGCUGAGAGGAUAGGUGAAUUUGGUUGGUAUAUGCAUGAUCCAUGGAUGGUGAUUCUGCAGGUCGUCUUAGCAUUAAUUAUAUUGUAUAAAGAUCUAGGGCUUGCUUCAAUAGCUGCACUUGCUGCUACUGUUGUUGUCAUGCUAGCAAAUGUCCCACUUGGGAAAUUGCAGGAGAAAUUUCAGGAUGGGCUAAUGAAAUCUAAAGAUAAAAGGAUGAAGGCAACUUCGGAAGUCUUAAGGAACAUGAGAAUCCUUAAACUUCAGGCUUGGGAGUUGAGGUUUCUCUCUAGAAUUCAGGAACUUAGGAGUGUAGAAGCCAGGUGGUUGGCAAGAUACCUUUAUACCACAGCGUUCACUACUUUUCUCUUUUGGGGUGCUCCUACGUUUGUGUCUAUGGUAACUUUUGGUGCUUGCAUGUUGAUGGGAAUCCCACUCGAGUCAGGAAAAAUACUAUCUGCACUGGCAACCUUUAGGAUUCUUCAAGAGCCAAUUUACAGUCUACCAGAUACAAUAUCCAUGAUUGUUCAGGCCAAAGUUUCUCUGGAUCGAAUUGCGUCAUUCCUUUCUCUUGACGACCUGCCACCAGAUGUUGUGGAGAAGCUUCCGGUUGGUAGUUCUGAUUUUGCCAUUGAGAUAAUAGAUGGAAACUUUUCUUGGGAUGCAUCUUCUUCUAGUCCUACAUUGAGAGAUAUUAAUUUUAGAGUGUCGCGUGGAAUGAGGGUUGCAGUUUGUGGCAUGGUUGGUUCUGGCAAGUCUAGCUUACUUUCCAGUAUUUUGGGGGAAAUACCAAAAAUAUCUGGAGCGGUUAGUCUUUCAGGAACAAAAGCCUAUGUUGCUCAGUCCGCUUGGAUACAAAGCGGAAAAAUAGAGGAAAAUAUACUGUUUGGUAAAGAAAUGGAUAGACAGCGAUACAAUAGGGUCCUUGAAGCAUGCUCGCUGAAUAAAGACCUGGAGAUUCUACCUUUUGGGGAUCAAACUGUUAUUGGUGAGAGGGGAAUCAACAUGAGUGGUGGACAGAAGCAGAGGAUACAGAUUGCGCGAGCUCUUUACCAAGAUGCCGAUAUUUAUAUAUUUGAUGAUCCAUUCAGUGCUGUGGAUGCACAUACAGGCACUCAUCUUUUCAAUGAAUGCAUCAUGGGGCUUCUGAAUUCCAAAACCAUUAUUUAUGUUACUCAUCAAGUCGAGUUUCUGCCUGCUGCUGACCUUAUUCUGGUUAUGAAAGAAGGACAGAUUAAACAAGCCGGCAGGUACAACGAUAUUCUCAAAUCAGGAAGCGAUUUUAUGGAACUUGUUGGUGCACACGAGGAGGCUUUAUCAGCUCUCGACUCUAUUAGUACCGAGAAAUCAGCGAAUGGUGAGGGAAGUAGCUCUGCAAAUGCUAAGCCUGGUUUGCAGAGACAGGAAUCGAAGAAACAUGGAAAUGAUAACAAGAAUGAGGAAACAAAGGGCCAGCUUGUUCAAGAUGAAGAAAGAGUGAAAGGAAGUGUUGGACUGUCAGUUUAUUGG